CAGUACAGUAGAAAAGGGUCAUUGUUUAAACUCUUUCCUGAAGCGAUUUGCGACAUGUUAACUUUCACUAGCACCGCGGCCAUCAAGUACCACCACGAGCCCUCGCGCUCUCGCGUGGCGUUUCGGCACGUGACCGUGCGGAGCGCGACGAAGAAGCAGAAGAAGAAGAACGAGCAGCCGCAACGGUCGCCGGCGCUGAUCCACCUACAAUAUGGCGCCGCCGCAACAAGCAAUUACGCUCCAGGAAGCCGACGAGAAGUACAAAGCCGCCCUCAAACGCCUCGUCAUAGGGGAAGGAACCGUCGCGCUCAAGUACGGCUCCAUGUACUUCGCGGUACCAACCGUCAGGGUGAUGUUCGUGUUUACCAAAGAAGACGCGCAGUACACCGCGCUCAGGUGGGCAGUCGAGAAGAUGCACUACGUGUGUAGCCUGAGCAUGACCACGGAGGAGGCCGUCGAGAACUUCCUCAACGGCCGCCCGCACCUGGUCUUCAUCGACGCGCGGAGCAAGAACACCAUCGACCCCAUCCUCCUGUGCAGGACGUUGGGCGGCUACAAAUGGAGCCAGUACUCCUGCAUUGUCGCAGUCGUAAAGAAAGGGUUGGCUGAUAAGCAGGAGGCAGCUAUCGUCCCGCUGCUCAGGGCUGGCUACACCAGGUGGAUGCUGGAGACGGCCUCGCCCAUCGUGUGCCUCAACGAGAUCAUCCAGAUUGAGCACAACGACCUCAUGCACUUGUGGAAGCUAAUGACCUCCGAGGCACUGUUUUCUGCGCUGCACUACGUACGGGACGGUGUCAUCGUCACUGGGCCUGCGCAUGAAAUACAGUUCAUGAACCGCGCGGCCGAGAAACUGGUGGGCUACUCGGUGGAGGAGAUGUUGGGCGAGGACGCCCAGGAACUGCACCGCACCGAUUCGCUGAAGGAAGACGUGGCCGCAAACAUCAUCGAUCAGCUGGACAAAGGGCGCGCUUGGGAGGGCACUCUCUUCAAUCGCCGAAAGACCGGCGAGUGCGUGCCUGUCUGGAGCAAGAUCGCGGCCGUGGACAACAACGCUACGCCGGGGAAGCUGGACCACGUGGUGUACAUCAAGGAAAGCCCUUUUCUCAUGGAAAAACCUUUCCCUCCCGAGGCCGUGGUAUUGAGCCGGAGACAGUCAUUUGCAAAGUACCACGCAAUGGUAAUCGAAGCCCCUGUCACAAAGGUCGUCAAACUGCUGAUGGCGACGCAAGAAAACAGUCCACCUCCCGUGGCGCAAGCCCUGGAGGGUGUCCUCGACAUUCUGCGCUCCACCGACCUCUACAACCCGCAGCUGGCCGCUGGACAGGAAAAGACCGAGGACCAAAUGACCUCCGACCUUGUCGCGGGACUCACUGGAGACGAGCCGAGCGCCCAUCGUUCGCGUAACCGGGCCAAGUCCUUAUGUGCGUGGCGUGCGACCCGGGCGUCGGCGGACGCAGUGAACGUGGUGAAGGCGUCCACCGUGCACGCCGGGAUGACCGGGAUGCUGCCCAGUCUGGUCGCGGCGCCGUCCAGGAUCAAGGACCUGCUGGAAGGAGACGUCAAGUGGGAGUUCGACAUAAUCGAGCUGGAGUCCCUUACCGGACGCAGGCCACUCAUCUGGCUAGGCCUGUCCCUGUUCGCCAAGAUGAACGUACCCACCAGCAUCGAAUGCGACGACGCCACCAUCCGGAACUGGUUGCAGCUCAUCGAGUCGCACUACCAGGACAACCCGUACCACAACUCCACGCACGCAGCCGACGUAAUGCAAGCUACGGCGUAUUUCCUGCUCAGGCUUCGAAAGAAGGACAUAUUCGACCCGCUGGACGAGGCCAUCUGCCUCAUCUCGGCUGUGUUUCACGACGUCGACCAUCCCGGAAAGUCAAGCCCAUUUCUCUGCAACUCGAACCACGAGCUGGCCGUACUGUACAACGACCGAUCGGUGCUCGAGAGUCACCACGCAGCAUAUGCGUUCAAGCUGACGCUGUCGGACGAGAAGGUAAACAUCUUCCAGAACAUGGACCGCGACGUCUACCGCACGGCUCGCACGUCUAUCAUCGACAUGGUGCUCGCCACCGAGAUGACCAAGCACUUCGAGCAUUUGUCCAAGUUUCUCAACGCCUUCCAGAAGCCCCUUCAGGAAAGCGAACCGAUCGAGCAAGAGGCAAUGCAAGAGCGCGGCGAGGCCCUAUCGCUCCGCUCACCGGACAGCCUCCAGCUGAUCAAGCGCAUGCUCAUCAAGUGCGCGGACGUGUCCAACCCGGCGAGGCCUACCGAGUUCUGCAUCCAGUGGGCGCAUCGCAUCGCCGAAGAAUACUGCGAACAGACGGAUGAGGAGAAGCGACGUGGCCUCCCAGUGGCGAUGCCGGCCUUUGACCGCGCCACGUGCAACAUUGCCGGCUCGCAGACGGGCUUCAUCAACUACUUCGUGCGCGACAUGUUCAGGGCAUGGACAGGCAAGUUGCCCGGCGCUAGCCCGUCCAAACAUUUUGUCCUGAUUACUCCUACAUGAAAGCGAAUGUUUGCAGUCAGCUGCAAACAGCAGGAAA